CCGGCCCGACGCCAUGCCGCGGCGGCUGGUUUGGCUCUGCUGCUGCUGCUGGGCAAUGCUGCUGCUGGGCUUCUGCCGCUCCGCGGAGCCCGCAGACGGAGGCAGCCUCGGGGAACCGCCGCAGCCUCCUCCCGCAGCCUCCUCGGGCUUCCUCUACCGGCGGCUGAAGUCGCACGAGAAGCGGGAGAUGCAGCGGGAGAUCCUCUCCGUCCUGGGGCUGCCGCACCGCCCGCGCCCGCCGCCCCGGCAGCCUCCGGUCCCGGCCCUGGGGAGGCUGCCGGCGGCUCCGCGCUUCAUGCUGCGCCUCUACCACGCCCUGGCAGAGGCUGCGGAGGGCACCGCGGCUGCGGAGCGGCGUGAUCGCCAGCCGGUGCCCGUGCCCAGCGCGCAGGACAGCGCCUUCCUCAACGACGCUGACAUGGUCAUGAGCUUCGUCAACCUGGUUGAGUAUGACAAGGAAUUCACGCCUCACCAGCAGCACCACAAGGAGUUCAAGUUCAAUUUGUCUCAGAUUCCUGAGGGUGAGGCUGUCACAGCCGCUGAGUUUCGGAUCUACAAGGACUGCGUGGUGGAGAGCUUUAAAAACCAAACCUUCCUUAUCAGCAUCUACCAAGUGCUGCAUGAACAUCCAAACAGAUCCUCUGACCUGUUUCUGCUGGACACACGGGCAGUGUGGGCCUCGGAGGAGGGAUGGCUGGAGUUUGAUGUCACUGCCACCAGUAACAUGUGGGUGAUGAACCCUCAGCACAACAUGGGGCUCCAGCUGAGCGUGGUGACCCCGGACGGUUUCAGUGUAAAUCCUAGAGAAGCAGGCCUUAUAGGGCGAGAUGGCCCUUAUGACAAGCAGCCUUUCAUGGUGGCCUUCUUCAAAGUGAGCGAAGUCCACGUCCGGACCACUAGGUCAGCGACGAGCAGGCGCAGGCAGCAGAGUCGAAACCGCUCCACCCAGGCUCAGGAUGUUUCCAGGGUGUCAACUCUCACAGAUUACAACAGCAGUGACUUAAAAACAGCAUGCAGGAAGCAUGAACUUUAUGUGAGCUUCCAAGACUUGGGAUGGCAGGACUGGAUAAUCGCUCCAAAGGGCUAUGCAGCUAACUACUGUGAUGGGGAGUGCUCAUUUCCACUCAACGCACAUAUGAACGCAACCAAUCAUGCCAUCGUACAGACUCUGGUUCAUCUUAUGAAUCCUGAUUACGUUCCCAAACCAUGUUGUGCACCUACCAAACUAAAUGCCAUAUCAGUUCUUUAUUUCGAUGAUAAUUCUAAUGUAAUCUUGAAGAAAUACAGGAAUAUGGUAGUAAGAGCUUGUGGAUGUCACUGACAAACAGUCUUCACAUGGACUCUGUGAUUCUUCCAUGAACUUCUAUACUACCUUCUGUACUUCGAUGAACUACCUGACCUUGGGAAAAAAAAAGGUUGACAGAAUAGUUUUCCAAACACCAUUUAUGUGCCUUGUGCAAGAAAAGGGCUUGGGGAACCACACACUGUGGCGUGAGCAAACAGCUGGAAUUCUUAAAACCCAACCCGACACUGCAGCAGCCACUCAGUUCUGCAGAGCCAGGGCUCGCGAAGCAGCAAUAUGCCUGCACACAUGCUUUACUUGGCUGGGAUGGUCUUAAUCUCACAUAGAAGCUUGGCCUUAUCAGUUGCUUGGAUGUGUGCUGCAGUUUUACCAGAUGGAUACCCAAAAGCAGUGAGUCUUUUUGGGGGGGAGGGAAGGGGACGCUAAAGAAAGAAUUGUUAGUACAUCAGACUUAGAGCAUACAUCGUGUACAGAACAAUAUGAAAUGCCUAAGGCUAGGAAUUGCCUUUUGUCUAGAAGGACCCAUUACUACACCUAUACUGUUAGUCUCCUCUUGAAACCUGUCAUGAUAUAUGCAUCUUAAAUUGUGCCAAAGCAAAUGUUUUGAGUCCCUUGGUCUCCAAGCAGUUUAAAUCUGAUGCUGCAAGCGUGAGAUGACUUGGCUGCCCCGUGUUAGAAAUACUAGCAUGAAGUUGGACCCUGACUGGUCUUUUCAGUUCAGACUGGGCAGUCUAGGUCUAUACACUUGUUCUUAUGCAACUUCCUUCCACUCCCCACAUGGAGCUGCCUCAUCUUCUACCACUUACUCAGGAAGGAAGUCAGGACACUUCUCUAGCUGUAGUUCAGAUGUAAAAGUUUAGGGGCCAUUCAUUCUCUAGCUGGACAAUUUAUUUACAGGAAGAAAGAAUGUCAGCAAUUUAGUUGCUCAAGUCUUUGGCCAGCCUUUCCCCUUUGACUCAUGCAACUAACAAACUGGUAUAAAGGAUACAAUCACAUGGUAGCCACAGUUUGCCUAGCAGAAGCUAAUAGCAAAUUGUUUUGAUCAAUAUUAAACGCGUAUUAAAUGCACUUACCUCUGAUUCUUGCAUUUAAAAGGCUUCUUGUAAAUACAAGCUAUAAUUUAUUGCACUUGUCACUGUAUAUUCAUUGUGCUGUAUCAUUUAUAGAAAGACUGCUUUUUUAAAAAGUUUUUAUUUAGAAAAAAUCGCAGUGUAAACAAUUGUACCACUUUGAUUUUAUACAAGAAACUCAUGACAUUGUGCUUCACUAGAAAGUUGUUAAAAACAUAGUAAUAAAGGCUUCCUUUAAGGCAGAAGAAUAUACAUUGAUCUAAUACAUCUGCCAGUACAACACUUAGCUUUCAUUGUGGAUUUUCUUACACAUUUUUAGACUGAACAGAACCAAAGGUUCUUGACAGACAGUAAAGUGAAGUACCAGGAGCAUUUCACUGAAAAGUUGGUUGCUUUUUUCCUUUUUUAUUAAACAAAAAAAAAAAAAAAGGAAAAAAAUCCCUACUCCAUAUGAUGGACAAAAAUAGGCAUUUUGACAGAUUAGUCAAAUUAGCCUUUAGCCAUACUCAUUCCAUGAGUUUUCUAUGCACAUGGGAUGGCAGAGUUCCGUCCUUGGUUUGCAGCUGUCACCAUGUUAUGACAUUAUCUGCAAUGUACAUUCUUUGGCUUUCAGUUACAUCUAACAUGGAGCAUCUUAUGCACCAAAGAAUAGAUCCGUAUUAUAAUCCAAGGCAACAGAGAGUGCAUGGGCCUAACAUUCAAACUUAUCAACACUUACUUACAGCUUGGAGAAAGGUUAAGGCUUAAGAAGAGUGGGAAACUAUUUUAGAUGACUGCAGAACAGCUGAGUGGAAAAAUUAAACAUUGUACUACUUGAUGUUCUAUAAGUGCUCUGAAUUUGUGCUGACCUGCUCCUAAGUCUGAAUUCAGGUUAGGGUAGGAAACGUAUGUCAUCAGCUCUGAGGUCUAACUGAUCAUUUAAUAUUAAUGGCUUAGCUAUAACAGCACUUACUCACUUUGGCUCUAUAUAAGUAGAGCAUAGUUACUCCUCUGGAGCUGGACAGAAGCAGUCUACAAAAAAUCCACCUGAUGUACACUAUGGCAUCAGUAAUGUUCAGGCACAUGUUACAGUACCAUUACUUUCAUUAUGGCUAGACCUUCCAUGCUGAGAGGAUUAACAGGAAACAACCAGCUCAUGGUGGCCUGGUAUCUUCCAAAAGCGUGUGUGUUUUCAAUCUCCCAUGACUCUCUGUUUCUUAACCAGCAGCUAUAUUAAGACAAACAGGUUAUAAGUGCAGUUGUAGAGGCAGAAGUUAACACAGCUGCCGCUUUUACCUUUUGUAGCGAUGGUGUGCAGUUUGUAAGGAUUACUUUUUAACCAAAUCUAACCCAAAGACAAAAAUAUUCUGCUGGUGUCCUUAAUUUGGUUUUCUUAAUGUAUUUUAGUCUCAAAGGAAACCAUUUACAUUUCCUUGCGGGAAUGCAGAAAUGCAGUAAUACUACCAAUACUGAAAAUAUUCUCAGUUUGCACAGUAGGUACAUGUUAGUUUUCCUUCACAAGUAGGGUAGCAUGUCUUUAACACACACACAGAGGGAAGAUACCAAUGUUUAGUAUGUUCAAUUUCCUAAAAACAAACAAAAAAAUGCCCUCCCACCCCCCAUACUAUUUAAAAGUUAGCUAUUACUUAAAU